AGAAAAACGGCGGUGCUCCAACCGAACGGAGAAAACGACACAGCCCGACAGCAGUACCUUGAAGCAAGUCCUGGCCCUCUUCAGCAUGCCUUCAUUUUACGUUGUCCUUGGAGCCACCCUUGUUGGAGACUACACGGGCGUCGAGUUCCGGUCAACAAUCGUGGAUUACGGGAUCGACAAAGGCCUAGAGCUUGACAGGGCGACACAUUUGGUGACGUUUUCUUCAAUAGGCCAACUUGUGGGCCGCAUCGUGGUUCCGCUGCUAGCGGACUGUUUGCCUUCAACCCGCCGACCUCUGUACGCGUUUAGCUUUGUGGUAUUUGGUGUGUGCAUGGUGACAAUUCCACAAGUGACUUUUAUGUUGCCGGUGGCAGCGUUAGCAACACUGGUGGGAAUUUCUCAAGGUUACAUCUUCUGCAUCCGGUACGUGCUUCUGGCGGAUUACCUGGGAGUGGAGAGGACGGCGGCCUCCAGUGGGAUCAUUGGCGUGGGCAUGGUGCCUCUGUCGUUGGUCAGCCCAGUGAUCAUAGGGCAAUUUCGGGAUGCAACAGGAUCGUACGACAACUACUACCGGCUGCUGGGCGGUCUAAACAUCGUUGCCGCUAUUCUCUUCGGUGUAUACGAUUUUUACCAGACGAAGAUAGCAAGAGACGUUCGCUCUCCGAGUGCAUUGACCCAGGCAUAG